AUGAACCCUGAUUAUGAGCAGUCACAAGUGUUAGAUGUUGAUGAAGGCCAUGAUUACUCAAAGAGUAUUGUACCAUUUAUAAGGUCACAAGGUAAACAAAGUCAUGUCAUUCAAAAGGAAGUGGUGAAUCAUGAAAUUGAAACUCAAGAAGAAGUGAUCACUAGUGCAGUUGAAACUGAAGAACAAUUGGGAACUUACCAUGUACAGGAACCAAGCUGCCAAGCUGAUAAUGGAGCUAAUACUACAACAGUUGAUGACUAUGAACCAUUUGUAGAGGAUUACUCACUUUAUGCUGAUUAUGAUGCUGAGUUUAAUGUUCAAACUUCAUUUGAAAAACAACCAGAAGUGGAUUAUCUAGAGGGUAUGGUGAGUGAUGAUAGUGGAGAUGCUUUCUACUCUGAGAGUGGCCAUGGUUCUGAGGAUAGUGGAGAUGAUUCUGAUGACAGUGAAUACAAUGUGGAUGAGUCUAACAUACAAUUUGAUGUAGAUGUAGACAUGAGUGAAUUCCAUAAUGUUGUUGAUGUAGAUGAACAUGGAAUCUUGAACAAUCAUUCAAAAGAUGAUGGGAUUGGAGUGGUUGACUUUGAUAAUGAGUUGGAAGUUAUUGCCACUGAUGAUUAUCAAUUUGCAGGAUUUCAUGAAGAUGAUAGGAAGAGACUGCUAAAAGAGUUGAGUAAGUCAAGUACAUGCUCACAUGGAGAGGUUCAUGUUAAACCAUUUCAGAUUGGUCAGGUCUUCAAAACCAAGGUUGAUGUUAAAAACUACAUGAACUCACAUGCUGUAGCAACAAGGAGGUCUUUAUACCUAGCCAAAAAUGACAAAAUCCGGAUUAGGGUGAAAUGUAAAGGUGUUGUAAGUAAGCCUUCUACAGGAGUUGAUAGUGGUGGGCCCUCAACCAGAAGUAGGGCAAAGUGCAAGGGUAAAGAUGUAAUUGCCAAUAAAGUUAAAGUGGCGACCCUCUCCUCCAAUCGAUUCAUUGAUCUUAUCAAACCUGGAAUCACCACCAAUGCCCUAGCACACAUAGGGGGAUCAGACCAUCGAAUGAAACCACAUCUUUUACAGUUCCAAAAUUGCCUUCCACGGUUACAAUCCGUCCAUGAAGUGAUCUUCGUUGCUUCAUUCCCACAUCUGCAAGUCACCAUCUUUGAAUCAGAAGCGAUUGGAUGUCGUGAAGGGUGCAACGGUCGAGCAACAGUGGAAAGGAGGAGAGAUGAUCGACUGAUGAAGCUAAAGGAUUUGCCCAAAAAUCAGACAUGCAAUUUCUUUUAA